AUGAGUGGCCCGCGUGUGGACCAGGAGAAAGGCGUGCAGGAGGAGGUCAGGGUUCAGGUAUCUUCGGACGCGGGAGAGGAGAAGGCUCCGGCCGGCGAGGGCGAGGGCGAGAGGCCGCUCGCGAUCCACGGGCUGGAGGAUGUUGAGGAGCCAAUCGACCCCCGCAUCAGCCUCGACUCGCGCGCGGACACGGUCGAGCUCGACGAGGGCUACGCGCACCAGCUGGGCCCGCACCGGCACCACCACCACCCGCCCGGGUACGAGCCGGACGAGAAGCCGGCGUCGGAGAAGACGAAGGCGGCGGAUGACGAUGUCGACGAACUCGAGAAGGGCGAACACGAGGUUUUGUAUGUCGAGUUCGACCACGGCGAUCGGCGCGACCCCAUCAACUGGCCCAAGCCGCGCAAAUGGAUCAUCACCGUCACGGCGUGCUACUUCACCGCGCUUUCAGGCAUGAAAUCGUCCACCGCGUCCACGUUUUCGAUGGGCUUCCCCUCGAUGGAGCGCGAUCUGCACAGCACGCCCUUCCAGGCGGCGCUGGGGCUGUCGAUGUAUAGUCUCGGAUUUGGCGUCGUCCCGCUCGCCACGGCAUCCCUCUCGGAAGAGUUCGGCCGCCAGCCGCUUUACGUCGUGUGCGCGAUCGGGUUCAUGCUCAUGAACGUCAUGCUCGCCGCGGCGCGGAACGUGCAGACCGUCAUCGUCGGUCGGUUCUUGAGCGGCGCGUUCGGGAGCACGGGCGCGACCAUGGUCGGCGGCACCGUCGCGGAUAUAUGGGCGCCGGCAGAGCGAGGCGUGCCGAUGUCGAUGUACGCGUUCUCGGCGAUCGCGUCGACCGGCGUGGGACCCGUCAUCGCGGGCUGGAUUGAGAUGCGCCUCGGUUGGCGGUGGAUACAAUGGCUUCAUGUCAUAUUUGGCGGGCUGUGCGUGGCGUUGAUCCUCCUGUUCUUGCGCGAGACACGCUCGGCGGUGCUCCUCACGCGGCUCGCUAAAAAGAUGCGCAAAGAGACGGGCGACACGCGGUAUCGCGCCCGUGCGGAGGACGAGCGGGCGCGGCUGAGGACGCUCAUCUACAUCAGCUGCACCCGGCCGCUCUACUUGCUGAUCACGGAGCCGGUGGUGCUGAGCUUCAGCGUGUGGAUCUCGUUCGCGUGGGGAAUCAUGUAUACCAUGUUUGAGUCCAUAGCACCGAUCUUCAAAACGCUGCACCACUUCAAUCAAGGCGAGAUCGGGUUGACUUUCCUCGGCAUGUUUAUUGGCUCCUUGCUUGGCCUUUGUACCAAUUUCUACCAAGAGCGCUUGUACAAGAGGUACGUGAAGCAGCGCGGGCCCGAGGCGCGAUUGUACACCGCGUGUGGUGCGGCUGUCAUGUUCCCCGCGGGCAUGUUCAUUUACGCGUGGUGCUCGCUUCCGCAUGUGCCGUGGAUUGCGCUCGUCAUCGGUGUCACGGUGUUCAUGUGGGCGACGUUCAUCAUGUAUCUCGCGGUGUUCACCUACCUAGCCGAUUGUUACGGCCCCUUCGCGUCCUCGGCGCUCGCGGGCCAGUCGCUCCUCCGGAAUCUGAUGGGAACCGCUUUCCCGCUGUUCACCACGGCCAUGUACGCCAGGCUGACGUACAAGUGGGCGAGCACCGUGUUCGCGCUCAUCGCCGUCGUCAUGAUCCCGAUACCCUACGUGUUGAUGUUUUAUGGGCCGAAGAUCAGGGCGAAGAGCCGGUUCGCGAGCCAGAUCGUGCAUGUGCACAAGGAUUGA